CCGCAGUAUUCCUGGGAUGGGGCAACGGGCUGCCUCUGGCGGCAGGGACGCGUGCAGCCCGGGUGCCAGUGCUCUACCUUCGUCCCAAGUGCCCACUUUGAGGCCCUCCGUAUGAGUGACACACCAGUCUGCCAUGGAACCUAGCCCUGCCCUGGCCUGGCUCCUGCUGCUGAGCCUGGUGGCCGACUGUCUAAAAGCUGCUCAGUCCCGAGACUUCACAGUGAAAGACAUAAUCUACCUCCACCCUUCAACCACUCCAUAUCCUGGUGGAUUUAAAUGUUUCACCUGUGAGAAGGCGGCAGACAAUUAUGAAUGCAACCGAUGGGCUCCUGACAUCUACUGUCCUCAAGACACCAGAUACUGCUACACGCAGCACACGAUGGAAGUCACAGGAAACAGCAUCUCUGUCACCAAACGCUGUGUCCCACUGGAGGAGUGUUUAUCCACGGGCUGCCGAGACUCGGAACAUGAAGGCCAAAAGAUCUGUACCUCCUGUUGCGAAGGAAAUAUCUGUAAUCUGCCACUCCCCCGAAAUGAAACUGAUGCCACAUUUGCCACUACGUCACCUAUAAAUCAGACAAAUGGCUACCCCCACUGUAUGUCAGUGAUCGUGUCCUGCUUGUGGGUGUGGCUGGGACUCACCUUAUAACAACCUUCUCUACCAAAAGUGGUAGAGCCCUGUGGGUUUUAUGGUGGCCCAUAGUCAUGCAUGAGUCAUUGGCCUGGCAGUGGUGACACAGUGCAACCCCAGCCUCCUAGGACAUCACCACAGCCAGGCAUAACCAUUACCAUGAAGAGCAAGCAUUGCUUCCACGCUGUCAUUCCCAGCCUAACCAAGAUCCCAUCUAAGUCAGCCUGUCCCUGAUAUAGACCCUGCCUUUAUUGAUGUCUGGGGUUCUUGAUUCAGAAUCCAUGUAUGAGCUGCAGGAGGUCCUGGGCCCUCUGAGGAAUAAAGCUAUGGAUGUAGGAGACGUUCAUUUUUUUUUUUUUUCAGGAAAAGAAUAAAGAAUCACUAGCUUAAUUGCAAUCACAGCUUCACCUACGGCUUUAGAAUUUUAAAACUUUAAAUCCAGAGUAAGUGGAAUGGUUUCUUUGAGAUUCUGGCAGAAUCCCUGAAAGAGUAGCAAGUGCUUUGCUCACUUUAAUUUCCCCAGGCUUCUUAACUUAACAUUGGGAAACAUGUUCCUUCUGCUCUCUGCAGAAGAUAAGAAAAGGCAAUUAUAAAAGUUUGUUGUAUUUGUAGGAGUGACAGGAGAAAGAUUUUGUCUAACGUGAUGAAAUUAGCAUCCACAGGAUGACGUUAUCCCUUCUCAUAACUGGAAAGUUUGACCUUGGGAAGUAAUUAUGCAUCCCAAGUUUCUCGAUUCCAGCUGGGCCAAUAGCAUCUAAAAAAGUCAUGCUAAGUAGAUGAGAUUAUUUUUUCUCCAGGUGUUUCUUUCCACUCAGAUAUAGCCAAUCUAAUAAGAGAGAGAACUUCAGAAUAAAAGGACCUUGUAAAUGUUAGUCCUAGCUCAUAUUAAGACCCAGAAAUAGCUAAGCAAAAUUCUUUCUCUUUCUAUAGUAUUUGCUGCCAAAGAGCCUUCUCCUUCCAAAACUCUGUGGCUUUAAGGAGAAAAUUUUAAAAUAAAUUCUCAUUAUAUCAAUAAGGUGAGAACACAUAUGUGCUGGGAUGAGAAAAUGAUGAAAAAAAGUAGGAAGGGGUAGUUUUGGUUUCAGCUACUGCUUUUGAAGUAGAAAGGAUUUUCAUUAUCCUUCAUGUAAUUUUUUUUUUUUUUAGCUAAAAAUUGCAUUGUGUUCUUUUUUGUAAAUUCUUUAACUGACAUUUAUUUUCAUAUGGUAUAAACUGGAAACUAUAUUUCAAAAAAAAAAAACUUUUUUUUUUCCCUGAACAAAAUAUCAAUUAGAAUGCUUGCUUUCAACAGUGGUAGAACUUAUCACUUGUUUUCAUGGAAAGUUAACUGUGAUCCUUGUACUGAUGUUGAAAAAGUUAAUGUUUUGUGAGCAAGGGUUGUGCGUUUGCCUCAAGGGUUCUGCUCGUGGUUUCCUCAGAAGCUUGUCCCGGAAAUAAUCAGGUGGAAACCAUCACUGGUCUGACUGUGCAGGGUAGUGGGGUAUGUUCCCAUAGAACUUGGUGGAACUAUUUCCUAAAGAGGCCAGUGUCGUUAAGAUAUAUCUGCUCCACACAUGGAACUUUAGUUUAUAAAAUUGGACCCCCUCAGGGACCAAAUCUGAACUGACGGUAGAAACGGUUUCCACAUCAUUGAAGUUGCAUCACACAGCCUUGAUUCAGAGUUUGGUAGGCUUAUCAACUUCUUGCUUGUAAUUGUGGAUGGGAGAGCAUGGGAGAAAGGCUUAUAAUAAGCACUCAUAUGUGCCAGGCACUUAGCUAAGCACUUUACAUAGGUAGACCAUAUAACCCUACAUCAAUUCUGUAAGGAACUGUGCACACUGAUGCUUAAAGAUAAAGGUCUUGGGGCUCAAAGAAGUUUGAUUAAUGCAGCCUUUCCUUCAGAUUUCGUUUAUGUGGGAUGUGACUUGUUUGGGGAAAAAAAGGGAGGGUGGAACUUCUCUGCUAGGAAUACCUCUAGGCCUAACUUCAUGGGAAUUUGCCCAUCUUUUCAUUUAGAACAUAUCCUGCUUCCCAGGAUGACAUUUGCAUGUUUCCCCAGCUGACACUUUUUCUUUGGGGAGUAAAGUUGUAGCUUCCCUAUUUAUCCCUCUUGUCAAAGGAGGAGAUGGUUGACCUUGCAUCCAAAGAUGCUGUGAGACAAUGAGAAGCCGAUGUUGUACAUAUCUGCAAGUACCUUUUCUGUGCAUGGUCACACGCCACUGACAUUUCCCAAGUGCUGCAUGCCGUCGGGACAAGAGACAAGGGACUGACCCCGUGAGAACCCCCCUGGCUGGUCUUCAGGGAUCAGGCUCUCAAGGGUACAGACUGCCCGUCGUCUGGGAAGUAAUUGCAGCUACUGGACACAUGUGCUGCACACAUCCCUAACGCCUUUCAAAGUGGCUUCCUUUUCAUUCUCUUGAAAGAAUGUGAUUUGCUCACCACCCCCGGCCUCAAGAAGCCAUGGAGGGGCCAUUCAUGUAGAAGGUCCAGGACUAUUUAGCCAUUUGACUUCUGUCACUUUAAACUGUCCAUUAAACCUCACCAUUGGUGAUGGCUUGAAAUGCAAAGAGCCAUGAUGUGUAUAUUAACCUAUGUGCCACAUAUUUAUUUUUAGACUUUCUUCAACAUCCAUGUCAAUAUGGGAUUAAUGCCUAAAUGUAAAUAUUGUAUACUUUGUAAAUCAAUGAAUAAAGAUUUUA